UGUUGGCAGUUUGUCAACGUUGACGUUGGCGUUGCCGCCUGCCGUUUUCAUUAUAAGUUGUUUAGCCGUGCCGUGCGCGUCGUCGUCGCAGUCGCAGUUAGCAGCAGACGACGUCAGUCCGUUGCGUCAGUAAAUAACAAAUUACUAUUUUUUUUUCCAAUUCCAAUUCCGCAACAAAUGAGACAAAGAACAUACAUGUGUAAACAUACAUACAUAACAACAACAACAACAAGCAAUCAUAAUCAAAAGAAACGGUGCUUAUUGCAACUGCAAUAAUUAACUCACAUACAACAACAGCAACAGAAGAAGGUGGAGAAUAACAAGUAGAAGAAGAAGCGGGCGAAGCCGAAGCCGAAGCAAGAAAAACCAACCAAAAUUCAACUGUAAACGUGUCGACCCAAAUCUGUGUGUGACUCUCUCUCUCACUCUCUCGAUCGCGCGCUCUCUUCGUGUAAUUUGUGUGUGUGUGUGUGUUGAGUGUGUGUGUGUGUGUGUGUGCGAGGGUGUGUGUGUAGGCGGCUAUGUCACUGGGCGGCAUUAAAUCGCUACUGAAAGCUGCUCAAUACAUUGAGCAGCAAGAACAGCUUAAAUUAUCCCCCCAGUCGUUGGGCGGAGGAGGGGGAGUUGCCAUCAGUUUCGGCGGCCAGCAUUUCAUUAAUGGCAAUGGCUACAGCACCAGCAGCAAAAGCAUUGCCAACAACAACAACAGCGCAAGCCAACUCAACAGAAACAACACGCCAGCAGCAGCAGCAAACACAACACCAACAACAACAACACCCGCCAACGUAAACGGCCAUAACGGUCUGACUAACGGCAUCGCUGCAGCAGCCGCAGCAGCAGCGUCAGCAGUCGGCCUCAGCAAUGGGCAGAGCAGUCCACGCAGUCAAUUAGUUGUUACUCAUGAUUAUGAGUAUGUUAGCAACGCUGGCAGCGCAGUCGGCGUCGGCGUCGCGGGCAGCAAUGGACAGUUGGAGGCAACGGGACGCAGCAGCGAAGGUCGCAGCAUUGUUUCGGAGGAUGAAAAUUCCUCGUCCAACUUCAACUCCAACUCCUACGCAGGCAGAGCAACAACAACAACAACAGCAGCAACAACAAGUGCAACUGCAACUGCAACAAAAUUAACGGGCGCUGGCCGCUUUGAUGGUUCCGCUUUUUUACUGGUUGCUGGGACGGGGGGUUCGGUUGCGGGGGCGACUCCGGUUCAGGUUCAGCUGCCGCUGCCGGUGCCGGUAACGGCCACGAGCACGAGCACAGCCACGCCCACUCUGAAGCAUAAGCUGCCAGGUGGCAUGGCCAGUGUUGCCACCGAUUUACCGCGCAAGUAUUUUGUGCUGGCGGACGCCAAAGGCGCCUUUCAAACGCCAACGCCGACGCCAGCGCUGACGCCAGCUGCAGUUGCAACACUUGCAACACCAAGUGGUGCAGUAGCGAUAGCAGCCGCGGCAGCAGCAGCAGCAGCAUCGGCAUCGGCACAAGCAACCCCAUCAACGUCUUUAUCAUCAUUAUCAACAUCCCCAACAUUAUCGGGUGGCUAUAAAAUCUGUAGCGAUGCCUUUCCGGCGAUGUCACGUCAAACGACGACAAACAAAUCGCAAAUACCACUCACUCCACCACCGAUGGCCACACGCAAAGUGGUUGAACCGGCCAGAAUCCGCUCCUAUUCAAUGUCAUCCCAUAAACUUUCAGCAGCACAACCGCUGGGAGUUGUCAUCAGUUCGCAUGAGGAUGCUCAUAUGAGUUACGUGGGCGCUGGACGAACCACGAGCGCCUCAGCCGCCUAUCGACAGAUACUCAAUGCCCAGCAGCACCACCAGCACCAGCACCAACACCACCCGACAUCCGCAUCGGCAUCCGUAUCCGUAUCCGUGUCCUCAUCGGCGCCCGUCACGGGAUCUCAGCUGAGCGGUAAUCAUGGCGUACGCAGGCGUACCAUCAGUUCCAAUAGCAAUGGGGCGGGCACCCGCGAAGUGCACAAUAAGCUGGAGAAGAAUCGACGCGCCCAUCUCAAGGGUUGCUACGAGGUAUUGAAGCACGAGCUGCCGCUCAAUGAUGAGGAUCGCAAAAAGACAUCAAAUUUGACAAUACUCGAUAAGGCGCUCAAAUGUGUCUUGCAUCUGUCAAAAUGCGAUCGGGAAUUGGAGGCGGAGAUGGAGCUGCUAGCCAAGCAGAAAAUUGAGCUGCAAAAGCGCUUGAAUAUCCUGAGACGCCCAACGGAUUCCCAGAGCAUUCCACUGAACGACAAAGAUGAGGCCGUUUGCUUGGCCACAACAUCACCAUCAUCUUCAACGUCAUCAUCAUCGUCACUGUUGUCACCAGCAUCGGGAUCGGGUUCGGGUUCGGGAUCUGGAGCAGGAGCUGCUGUCGGACGCAGUGGAGCACCACCCAUACUGUUUGAUGGCACCACCACGCCCGUUUGUACCGCCGGUUUGCAAACUGGAGUGCCAACAACGGUCAUGUCACCUGUGAUAAACAAGAGCAAUGCCAGCAAGCACAGCAACAACGUCAACAACAACAACAACAACAACAAUGUGAGCAACAACAACAAUGUUGCUGUCAGUUAUGCACAGAAUCAGAAUACAUUAAUGAAUCCCGCCGCCGCCGCUGCUGCUGCUGUUGCCAUGGGUGUGCUUAAGAGCAGCAAGCACAACAGCAACAACAGCAACAAUAGCAACAACAGCAACAACAACAAUGUUACCUCUGCUGCCGUCAGCUAUCCACAAUUGAAUCCCGCCGUCGCGACAGUUGCCAUGGGUCUGCUGAAAAAUGUUAACAGCAACAGCAGCAGCAACAUUUUGGCCAACAGCAAUGGCUCACCGACAACAUCGUCGACAUCACAGCAGAGCAGUCCGGCGGGCAGUCCAAAUGCUGCUGUCGUUGUUGUUGGUGCUGGUGGUGGUGGUGCUGGUGGUGUUGCAAUGAUGACAACAACACGUGGCUCACCAACACCAUCGACGCCAUCGCCAUCGCCGAGCUCGUCGUCGAGCGGUGUCUCCUCAUCGGCCUCAUUUAUUGGCUCCUCAUCAUCAUCGUCAUCGUCCUCAUCAUCAUCAUCAUCAUCAUCGUCCAGCUCAUCAUCGUCGUCGUCAGCGUCGUCCUCAUCAUCGGCCAGCUCAACGUCGUCAAUGCAAACGCAGUCGCAAUCGAUAUCGAUGACAACAACAUCAACAACAGCAGCAGCAGCAACAGCAACAACAACAACGCAUCUGUUGGGCGCCACACGUAGCGCCAAUAUCAAGUUUCAUGCCGGCUCUGGAGGUGCACUAAAUGGUGGCGCCACCAUUGUCACUGCAACGGCACCAAAUGCAGCAACAGUUGCCGCCGCCAAUGCUCAUGCCACUGGAUUUCAUCAGGCGGACAAGGAUCGCAAUUACAAUUUCUUGAUACGCAGCGGUACGACGGCGCAGUAGAGGCAACAACAACAUUUAUAACUUUAACAACAAAAACAACAACAACAACUGAAUUGUGUGCAACAGCUCCCACCUGAAAAACAACAAAAACAAACAACAAGAACAACAGCAAGAUGUAAAAUUGUUCUCAACUCUCUCUUUAUUUCUUCGAUUUCUCUCAUACAACAACAACAACAACAAUCGCACACAGCAACAACAACAAAACAUAACAGUUCCGCCCAACAUUUAAGCAUCGAUUUUGAAAAUCAAAAAACAAAACAAAACAAAAAACAAAAAAUUAUGAAAUACAUAUUUAAACAAAAACAGAAAACAAAAAAAAACAACACAAAAAGUAAAACAAAAAACAAGAAAAUUAUUUUUAAUAAAUAAUUUUAUACACUAAAACAAGAGCAGAACAGCAAUAACAAACAACCAUAGCAUCACACACAUACACACACUCACACACACACACAUGCAUGUAAACUUUAAGCGCCUAUUGUAUGAAAAUAUCGAACUAUAUAUACAGCUUACAAUUUGUAUGUGUAGACAACAUUGAAUUUAUACAACACACACACACACACAAACAGACAAACUCACACCUACAUCUAGAAUUUAGAAUAAAUUUUUUGAAAAAGUGAAAGAUUAAAGAUGAAAGUUAAGAAAAUGCGCUGUUGUAACGGAAACCACCAAAUGGGUAACGCUUUAUAAAAAACUGCAUGCAUAUGUAAUAUAUAUAUAUACAUACAAAUAUAUACUAUUAUGUUUGUAUGAUAUAUGUGUAUAUACAUGCGAGUGUAGAACUAUAACUUUAUAUACUUAAAAAAAAGAACAAACAAAUCGAAUUAUUGAUUUUUUUUUUUUUGUAGUUUUCGUUUUAUUUUUCUAUGCAAAUUGAUGUGACAAACCGAACCUAAAGACAUAUUUAUACAUACCAAAAUAAUGCAAGAUCUAUUAACAAGAAUAUUGUAUAUACAUACGAAUGUGUGUGUGAGAGUGUAUUGUAACAGUGUGUAUAUAUAGAUAUAUAUAUAGUCUAUAAUCUAUGACCAAACGAAACAAACAACAAAAAA